AUGCAGCUUUUCCCAGCCAUCUAUCGCGCGUACAUGUCAAAUGACGAGAUGCUACCGUUCCGCGAGACGCAGGCGUGGAAGGAGUUUGUGGAUGGAAAGCUUACGAGCAAGGGCCAGGACUUAAGCAAGGCUGGCUCUAUCAAAGGGUUGCGAGACAGAGUGCAGAGCUUCGAGAUCAGCCCGCACCAUAGCUUGCUUGCCGCAGAAGGUAGUCGCAAGGUCAAAGUAUGCGGUGUUUGGGACACAGUAGGAAGUCUAGGCGUUCCAGACGUCGCGUGGUUCGACAACGAGAAGUACAGGACGAAAUAUGGAUUCCACAAUGUCAGACUCACCGAAAACAUUGAACAUGCAUACCAUGCGCUGGCACUCGAUGAACACCGCAAGGCCUUCCGGCCGACACUGUGGUACAUAGACAGCGAGUUACGUGAACGACUAGCGAAGGAAGGCAAGCCAUUGCCCGAACUGAAGCAGGUCUGGUUUCCUGGUGUCCACAUCAAUGCUGGUGGCGGGGCAGACGAUUGUUUCACGGAUAUGAAGGGCGAUUUGGAGAAUCUAUCCACUGCGACAUGGACUUGGAUGCUGCAUUGCAUCUCUCCACACCUUACCAUCGAUCAAGAUGCCUUCAAAUCAACCCUCAGCCAAUACGAACGCUGGCUCGCCCGCAUUCGCUACGCAUGCACAUACCACCACACUACGUGGCUCGACACACUCAAGUCCAACAUACCCACGAUACCGUACAUAAAUCCAGCUACCAACCCGCUUCUCCCGCCAAAGCGCGAUCCAAUGCAUACCCACCCGGAAUUUGACUAUGGCUGGGGAACCGGGCCCAUUGUCGAUUCAUACACGGGCAUGUACCUCCUUAACGGCAGCCUACCACGUGUACCCGGUAAGCUCCAAACCGAGGUGUACGACCAGAAAAAGGCGAUGGCAACUUUAGAAGACAUCUCCAAGCUCGGCGAGACUAACGAGUACAUUCACCCCGUCUGUGAGUAUCGCAAGAUCGUGCGCGGCAAGGAAGAUGAUUCAGCACUCAAGGCCUAUACUCGGAGGCACGAAGUCGGACCGAAUGGCAGGGAUGGCAGGUACUGGUGGUAUCGGGACGGAAAGAGGCUGCCUGAGUGGGUCAUUAUGGAGCAUCAGGAUGAAGGCGUGAUCAACUUCGAGAGAACAUGGUAUGAGAUGUGUGAGAAGACUGACAAGGCUAAGGAACGUUUGAAAGAGGCUAGAUACGAGAAGGAUUUUCUGGUUGCGCUCGACGAAAAGGUAGAUUUUGGGCUGGGGGAUGCGCCGGGGUACUUGUAUCCGUAA